AGAUGAGAAACUUGUCGUAUUUAGCUGAAAAAGAGUGUCUUAAGUUUUAUCAUUUCUAUUUCCAGGUUUUUGCCAGCCCGGUCCAGAAGUAAACCGGUCGAAGAAUUUAAUCCGGUUUAAGUCUUCUAUUGCGGAGCAAUCGGCGGCGUUGUAAUGACUUCCGGCACGAGGCUACCGACAUGGAAGGAGAGAGAGAACAAUAAGCGGAGAGAGCGGCGCCGGAGGGCGAUCGCCGCCAAGAUCUUCGCCGGAUUAAGGAUGUAUGGUAACUAUAAGCUCCCCAAACACUGUGACAACAACGAGGUAUUGAAAGCUCUGUGUAAAGACGCUGGUUGGAUCGUUGAAGAAGAUGGAACCACUUACAGAAAGGGAUGCAAGCCAGUAGAACGCAUGGAUAUUGGUGGUUCUGUUUCUGUAAGCCCUUGUUCGUCUUACCAACUGAGCCCUGGUGCUUCGUAUAAUCCGAGUCCAGUUUCAUCAUCUAUCCCUAGCCCGGUCUCAUCCCAUUAUGUUGCCAAUGUCCAAAAUAAUUCUGAUCCCAACUCGCUUAUUCCUUGGCUGAAGAACCUGUCAUCUGGCUCAUCACCAUCCUCGUCUAAGUUUUCCCAUCAUCUGUGCAUUCCUGGAGCUUCUAUAAGUGCUCCUGUGACUCCACCUUUGAGCUCUCCCACUGCACGUACUCCUAGGAUGAAUGAUAAUUGGGAAAAUCCAACGGCCAACUCUACAUGGAUACAGCAGCACUAUCCCUUCUUGCCAUCCUCAACCCCUCCUAGUCCAGGUCGCCAAACCCCACCAGAUUCAGGAUGGCUCUCUGGUGUUCAAACUCCACAGGAUGGGCCUUCAUCUCCCACAUUCAGCCUUGUCUCAUCAAAUCCAUUUGGAUUUAAGGAACCAUUAUCAAAUGGAGGGUCUCGAAUGUGGACACCUGGGCAAAGUGGGACAUGUUCACCUGCAGUUGGACCUUGUAUGGACCAAACAGCUGAUGUGCCAAUGUCGGAUGUUAUCUCAGCAGAGUUUGCAUUUGGCAGCAAUAUGAAGGGUGUAGUAAAGCCAUGGGAAGGAGAAAGAAUUCAUGAAGAGUGCAUCAGUGAUGAUCUUGAGCUUACACUUGGUAACUCCAGCACUAGAUAGGAGUGUGAGAGGAUGUAAAAAUCUAUGCUUAUAUGAUUGUCGCAGAGCUUGGACAUUUUUAACUUUCUUGUGUUGAUCAUCCCUUCCGAAUGUGAAGAUACUCUGGUAUGGUGAAAAACCACAAGUCACAAAUACAGGGUAGGAGCAGCAGUUAGUUUUCCUAUUCUUGUUUUUUCCAAGAAUAGGCUCUCAUGUGGAGCCAUUUUUUUUUCUUUCUUUUUCCCAAUUGGGUUGGGGGAACGUUAUCCUAUUUUCUCUUAUAUUCUCCCCUCUUCUUUUAAUUCUUUUUACCUUUUAGUGUCGAAUAUGUUUUGUAGUUACCCUGUUGUAAUUGUUCACACGAUAUAGCAGUAGCUAGAGUUGACCAACGAGAAUCUAUCUUUCAA